AUGCAAGACCAGUUUCUUUCUGGGUUUCCAAACCUUUCGUCUUCUCCAAAGAUCAUCUUCUUCAUCAUUCGCUUUUUCUGGGUCCUUCGGUGCAUAAUAUUGGCUUUUACAAGUUCUCAAAUAGUACAAUAUAAAAAGCACAAGUUAGGUGGAGGAGAGAUGAAAAGAGGCAGCAAGAGCUUAAGCGAUUUACCAGUUGAGGUUAUUCUAAAAAUUUUCUCCUUGCUUCCAACUAAAGAUGCUAUCAGGACAACCAUUCUGUCAAAAAGUUGGGAAUCCAUGUGGACAUUAGUUCCUAAUCUCACAUUUAUUGAAUGGAAAUUUGAGAAGAGAGAUCUCUUCAUGAAUGCUGUGGAAAGAGCGCUUAUGCUUCGUGGCCCUGCUGAUAUUAAAGAGUUCACCCUUUCGUGUGAAGUGGUGGGAGAUGCAAUACGUGUUAAUACAUGGAUCUAUGCUGUAGUACAGCGCAAUGUUGAAGUUCUUUCUUUGGUGCUGCCCAGUUUCAUUGGACCAAUUUCUUUGCCACGUUCUUUGUUUACGUCUACGAAACUGAAAGUACUCCAGCUGAAUUUGCGCUGUAUUUUCAGAGUUCCUUCUACCAUUUGUUUCACGAGUCUGCGGAGGUUGGCUCUUUCAUCUGUGGUGUUUUCUGACGACAAGUCAGCACAGAAGCUUUUUUCUGGUUGCCCGGUUCUUGAGGAUAUAUUUCUAUAUAGUUGCAAUUGGGCAAAUAUAAACCUAGUGACUAUAAGUGUUCCCAAGCUUUUGAGGUUUACCAUAAAUGAAGGGAAUUUGACAUAUGUGAAAGGUUCAAAUGGUUGUUGCAUUAAGGUAGUUGGAGUUACACUUGCAUAUUUUUCUUACAUGGGUAAGUUCCUAGAUGAAUAUUUGUUUGAUGACUCAUCAGCACAUGAAGUUGAGAUAUUUCCUAGGCCAACCAAGAGGGUCAGACAACCUAGUACCCGAUUAUGUAAUCUUCUUGAUGGGCUCUCUAGUAUGAAGCACCUAACCAUCUCUCAUACAUCCUUUGAGAUGAUUCAGUCUAAAACUUCGGAGCUUCUUGAUCACAUGCGCUCCUUCAAUAAUCUAACAGCCCUGAUACUUGGACAUGUAGUAGAUCUUGGUUGCAAAGGACUAUUGACCUUUCUUCAAAAAUGUCCUUCUCUUAAGUAUCUUGCCUUCUGUGAGGGGAUUGUUCUGCACUCAGAUGAUGCAAAAGAUGAUGGGAUGUUGGAGCCACUGCCUCCAUGUUUCUUGAGUAGUCUUGAAGUGAUUGAUGUCCUGAAAUUCUGUGGACUGGGGGAUGAGCGUCGUGCAAUUAAGGUUUUGCUGAAAUGUGCAAUGGUCUUAAAGAAGGUGAAUAUCAAUUGGCGCAGUGUUCAGUUAAUGCAACAAGAACCGAUGGAGGACAUUAGCACACGGUUAUUAAAUUUCCCCAAAGGAUCAGAAAACUGCGAAGUUGUUUUGUUCGUGCCCUAGUUCAGUUUUCGUUUCUUCUCCAGUCUCGGAAUGCUAGUGUUAAUCUGUGAUAGGUUGAACAUUAGUCUUGAUCUUGUAGUCUGACGAGUGGAAUGGUUCUAAACUGAAACUGGCCUAGUGCAUAGAAAGCAAACUGUGCUGCUAAUUAGCUAGAAAGGAACAAGUCCUAUGGAUCUGUUAAUUGUUCAUAUCUUGAUGUUAAUAUGUAAUCAACAUUUGAGUGUUAGGAAAUGUCUCCCAAUUGUAAUAGGAAAUUGGA